GUCAAUGCGGAUGGCGGAUCGCCACCUAUUUACCUACUUCUUUUGGUCAGUUUUGCAUAGAUUACUGGCGGACAUCAGUUAAUAAGCGACUAUCAACUUAAAUGGAUCUGUGAUAUAGUGUAGUGUUGUUAAAGACUGCAUAUUUCAAUUUUAAUUAGCAUAGUGAUGCAUUAUCAUACAUAUACGCUUAUUUUGUUGUUCGCCAUUCCUAAUUGGGCACAAUGCAGCGAAAGCACUAGUCAGAACGAGACAGAAAAGGCAAAAAUAUUAAUAGACAGCAACUACAAUAUCAUCACACAUCUCCACAAACCAAAACCGACAUCUGCCCCGGUAGAAUAUGAACCGGGAGUACCACCAGGAUGGCCUUCCAAGAGGCCUACCACAAAGAGACCUCCACCUAGACGAGAUCCAGAUAUCGAACUGUUUAACCAGACAGUGAUGUCUGAGGAGUUACAUCUGGAGAACGCAACAAACGAGGAAUUUUUUCAACCGAAUCAAACAAAUAAAGUUGGAGGUGUGGUCGAUUGGUUUCUGGGAAUCGUUGGGAUCCGUCCACCCGAGUCCACCACUCCCAAUCCUCCUGUUGCAGCUCCGAUUCCUACACAGAAAUGUCCUUCCUGCAAAUGUGGAAUCACUUAUAAAAAAACUAGGAUUGUUGGCGGAGUGGAAACGAAAGUGAACGAGUUCCCCUGGAUGACCGCUCUGAUGUACAAUAAUAGAUUUUAUUGUGGGGCGUCCUUAAUUAAUAACAAAUAUAUUCUGACGGCGGCGCAUUGCGUAAAUGGAUUCUCUAGAGAAAGAUUAACGGCAGUGUUUUUGGACCAUGACAGAUCCAAUUCGUUCGAAACAAAGACGAUAUCGAGGAAAAUAAAACGAAUAAUCAGGCAUCGAUCGUAUGGUCAAGGAGGAACUUACAAUAAUGACAUAGCCAUAUUACAAUUGGAUAAUGAAGUUUCUGUAGCGGGUUUACUAAAACCGGUUUGUUUACCGCAGACAGGGAAGAGCUUUACUGGAUUUACUGGCAUUGCUGUUGGCUGGGGCGCAACAAAGGAACACGGACAAGUUUCGAAUAAGCUUCGGGAAGUUGAAGUGCCUAUUCUGUCUAAUACUGAUUGCAGGAAAACGGGUUACGGAAGUAGAAUAACUGAGAAUAUGCUUUGUGCAGGAUAUGCCCAAGGACAAAAGGACUCUUGUCAGGGUGACAGUGGAGGACCUCUUCAUGUGGUUAAUAAUCUUGUGCAUGAAAUAGCCGGCGUCGUGUCGUGGGGUGAAGGUUGUGCUGAAGCAAAUUAUCCGGGUGUGUACACACGUGUUAACCGCUACGUUUCGUGGAUAAAGAGUAACACAAGGGACGCUUGUUACUGUUAAACGGAUUAUUUAUUUAUUUUGUGUAUUGGAUCAACAGUGCAAGAAUGUUUGUUUGUGAGAAUGGGUUUUAUUAAGACAUCAAUACCGAAUUCAGGCUUAAUCGUACGAAAAAGUCAAAAGAACGCCAGGCUGUGAAUCUAUUCGGAAGAGGAACUUAUCAAGUGGAACAAGGGAUAAACUAAAAACUUCAAAGGGGACUUAGGUAAAUAAUAAGUCAAACUUCUUUGAUUCAUUUGUCGCAAUACAGAUU